GGGACCUUCUCAGGACAGCGGAAGUGACGACAUCCGCUGCGCCGUUUGUCUCCUGGGAGAGAGCGAGAGAGACGGCGCAGCGGAUGUGACGACGGUGUUGCUGCUCCCGGAUUUGGUUGGUGUGCUGAUCUCGGCCGAAGGGAAAGAUGUCGAUAGAAAUCGAGUCCUCAGAGUGAGUUUAUUGCAAUGCGUGUGACACGAGUAUUAUAGGUGGCUUGGCCACAGGGGGACAUGGAGCUAUAAAUACCAUUACCUGGCUCAGCCAUGGGGGCCAGGGCAAGCUGCUAUAAAUACCAUUACCUGGCUCAGCCAUGGGGGCCAGGGCAAGCUGCUAUAAAUACCAUUACCUGGCUCAGCCAUGGGGGCCAGGGCAAGCUGCUAUAAAUACCAUUACCUGGCUCAGCCAUGGGGUCCAGGGCAAGCUGCUAUAAAUACCAUUACCUGGCUCAGCCAUGGGGGCCAGGGCAAGCUGCUAUAAAUACCAUUACCUGGCUCAGCCAAGGGGGCCAGGGCAAGCUGCUAUAAAUACCAUUACCUGGCUCAGCCAAGGGGACCAGGGCAAGCUGCUAUAAAUACCAUUACCUGGCUCAGCCAUGGGGGCCAGGGCAAGCUGCUAUAAAUACCAUUACCUGGCUCAGCCAUGGGGACCAGGGCAAGCUGCUAUAAAUACCAUUACCUGGCUCAGCCAUGGGGACCAGGGCAAGCUGCUAUAAAUACCAUUACCUGGCUCAGCCAUGGGGGCCAGGGCAAGCUGCUAUAAAUACCAUUACCUGGCUCAGCCAUGGGGACCAGGGCAAGCUGCUAUAAAUACCAUUACCUGGCUCAGCCAAGGGGAGCAGGGCAAGUUGGUAUAAAUACCAUUACCUGGCUCAGCCAAGGGGACCAGGCCAAGCUGCUAUAAAUACCAUUACCUGGCUCAGCCAAGGGGACCAGGCCAAGCUGGUAUAAAUACCAUUACCUGACUCAGCCAAGGGGACCAGGGCAAGCUGCUAUAAAUACCAUUACCUGGCUCAGCCAAGGGGACCAGGGCAAGCUGCUCUAAAUACCAUUACCUGGCUCAGCCAAGGGGACCAGGACAAGCUGGUAUAAAUACUAUUACCUGACUCAGCCAAGGGGACCAGGGCAAGCUGCUAUAAAUACCAUUAGCUGGCUCUGGCAAAUUGACCAGUGCAAGCUGUUAUAAAUGCCAUUACCUGCCUCUGGCAAGGGGACCAGGGCAAGCAGGUAUAAAUGCCAUUACCUGGCUCAGGCAAGGGGACCAGGGCAAGCUGGUAUAAAUGCCAUUAGCUGGCUCUGGCCAAUGGACCAGGGCAAGCUGUUAUAAAUGCCAUUACCUGCCUCUGGCAAGGGGACCAUGGCAAACUGGAAUAAAACAAAUUACCUGGCUGUGGAAAGGGGACCAGGGCAAGCUGCUAGGGUGGAUAGUUUAUUUUUUAAUUUUAUAAUUAAGGUUAUUCCUCCUUCUUUUGGUCAAGGAGGAGGGACAGAAGGUUCCUUGGUGGUCCAGUGGCAGUGCCUACUGUGUCCUGUGAGAAGGAGGCACAGAAGUCUAAUUUUCCCCUCCUGCAGCUUCUUGUCCUCUCUCUCAAGCUGUGUGAGUGUUUCCACGGGUUGCCAUGAUAACGCUCUGUGCCGCAGGUAAUGCAUGCCGAAGUAUUGCCAUGGCAACCUGAGGCAAUGCUUUCGUGGCUUGUGAGAGAAGAGGACAUGAAGCUGCAGGAGGGGAAGAUUAGACUUCUGGGCCUCCUUUUCAUAGGACAAGGUAUUGGGAAACUGCAACCACAUAUAUAGCGGUAAAUGCUGCUUGGAUCCAUGGUCCCACUGGGACCAAUGGACGGGGCUGGCCCUGGACAUUGUUAAAACUGAGGUGAACUAUGGAGAUCUUCGUUCUGAUGAAACUGCUUGAAAAUGAAAGAUGGGACCCGCAGCCUAGUAGCACCAUAAUUACUACUUUGGCAUGGUAGUGGUUGCAGUGUGUGUGUGUAAAAAAAAAAAAAAUAAAAAAAAAACAGGCUCAGGAGUGGGGUCCGUGGGGGGCAAUAGGUCCCCUGUUCAGUGUAAUAGCCCCCACUUGCGCAGCUCGGGAGAGGGUGACACUAGGGUUUUUUGGGUGGGGAGGGAUUUAAACAGUGAGCAGCGGCAUAACGAGUAGGUCUUUCAGCCUUUUGGUAGAUAGCUCCCUAAUACCGUGGAAGUUAGGGAGUUAUCUACUAAGCGGCUGCAAGAUGCAGCCGCGGCACGAAUAGGAUCGGAGUUUCAUUCAUUAGAAUGAAAUUCCAAUGCGAACAAAGUCCCGAAUUGAGUCCUAACUCGAAUGGAGAAAUUGUUCUCAUUCUGUUCACAAUUCGGUAGUUUCGCCGGCGUUCUGUCAAAAUGGCAGGACGUUCGGGAAUACUGACAGGAAGCAUUGCGAGAUCACGAAUCAAAUGUGAAAAUUGUGGGGAAAUUGCUUUGACCACCGGAAACGAAGUACACUUUGCUCCUCCGUUGGUCAAGCGUAGGAAACCUCCAUAAGACAAAGUAGUCCCUACUUUAUCUUAUGUUUUAAUGAAAACUAGAGCAGACAGGAAGAAAUGAAGAACAGUUCCUGACAGAGGGAGAGAAGAGGAAUCGAUUAAAGAAAGUUAAGUUCGGCAUGACAGUGCCGCUUCAAUACUGACUAGGCAUUUGUCACAGAGUACUAGUCACAUUGCACCUUCACUGAACUAUCCACAAUAUAGGUAAAUAUUAACUAUUUUCAGGUAUCCUCCAUGAUGGGUAAUAACAAAUGAAUAUUUUAUUUCUGCAGCGUCAUACGUCUUAUCAUGCAAUACCUGAAAGAAAAUAGUUUGCAUCGUACAUUGGCAACACUGCAAGAGGAAACGACUGUGUCUUUGAACACUGUGGACAGUAUAGAGAGCUUUGUGGCUGACAUUAACUGUGGACAUUGGGAUACAGUCCUGCAGGCCAUUCAGUCUUUGAAACUUCCAGAUAAGACACUCAUUGACCUCUACGAACAGGUAAAGUAGACAGAUGUGUUGUUUGUGCACCUGUAACAGAGCAAAACAAUAAAAUAACAUUAUUUUAUACUGUUUAAUAUUGGACCACCUCCCACCCCUAUUGCUGCUGCUGUUUACAACAUGGAAACAAAAACAAGAUAACUCUUUAUUUUUGGACUUCUUGUGUUAGAGAAAGCAUCACCACAUAUCUCUCUUCAAACUCCAGCAAUUCAGGUUCAAGAUGGGUUUUACUCGCCCAGUGUCAAAGAUUAUAAUCUGUAGAAAAUAUGUUGUUGUUCUGUGAAUUGCAUUCAAACCCUUACACAUAGACGCAGUUAAAUACGCAACAUUAUUGCCAGCAUUCGUUGUGAGCAUUGGCCCAAUCCAGUUGAUAAACUUUUGAAUUGAUCUAACAGGCUUCAGCAUAGUUCCAUGUAAAAUUUACUCAGAAUAAAUUGUGAUUGCACUAAAGUAGAUUCUAAUCUGCAAAAUAGAUCACUUUUCUACUCAACCUCACAGUCGACAGCCUUCUCAUAGCUUCACCUAAACUCCUUAAAAUGGAUUUCAAAAAGCAUAUUAUUUUUAAAUUUAUGUAAUUAACCAUUGCAAAAAAAACCUGCAUUUACUAUUUGCACAAAUAUUUCAUAACCCCUAAAAUGUAUCAUUCAAUAGUUAAUCUCUAUGAAUGUUCCAAAUACCUAAAGCACUUUAGUUGUUGAAGUGCUUUUUGUGUAAAAGUGUGUACUCAGACAAGAGAUGUGCAGCUUUUCGUGCUGUUUUUAGAUCUACACCCAAUUAAAAAAUGCAUAAUUAAUAGUGUGCAUAUUUUUAUUAAAGCUAUAGCUACUAAAAAGUGAUUUUCUAUUUUUUGGGAGAGACUUAGUGUCCCUUUAAUGCAGAUCCCACCCUCUUACUUCAUUUUUAAUGUUAAGCUUUGUGCAAUCAAAUUCUUCUCUAGUCUAAAGCUUCUCAGAGUGAAUAGGUGGUUUAAUUUAGAUUAAGGAAAUAAAAAAUAAAAUCUUUAGGGCGUUGUUAGUUAAAUUGAUAUUUAUAAAUAUUAAAGGGUUACUUCAACCAAAAAGUGUCUUGUUAAAAACCUGUCUGUACUGUAUGUGCUAACUCCCACUGGUCUGAGCCAGAAUCACACUGAGAAUAUUAAGUAGUGUAGUCUAGCAGAGGCAGGGAACAACUUGCACAAUGAUGUAAAAUAAGCCUUUUUGGUGUGUUUUAUGUGAUCUAUUUUAACAGCCUGACUUGUUAAUUCUUAAAGAUGUACUGAAGAUGAAAUUUAACUUUUUGAAGAAAAAAAAGCUUAAGAGCAAUCCUGUCACACAUACAUACAUUUGAUUUUUGUAAGUUCUUGAAAUAAGACGUCUGUAAGAAUCUUUACACAUUUGUUUCCUUUCCUAUUCUACAGGUGGUUUUAGAAUUGAUUGAACUUCGUGAGUUGGGAGCUGCCAGAUCCCUUCUGAGACAGACCGAUCCAAUGAUCAUGUUAAAACAAACACAACCUGAACGAUAUAUUCACUUGGAGAAUCUCCUAGCUAGAUCCUAUUUUGACCCCCGUGAGGUAUGUUUGAUGGUGUAAAUAUUUGAAGUUUCAGUGAAGCGCGUGCUUAACUUUUGUGCAUAGAGCAAACCUUAACAAGGGUUGGCAUGUGAAAUUACUCCUUGUGUCUUGUCUACUGCUAGCGUAAAGUGACCCUUCAAACAAAGGUGCAAAAUAUACACAGGGCUCAAAGUUUUCACUAGCUGUUUGUGAGUGACAAUUUAACAGUAAAAAAAAAAAAAACCUGGUGAAAAUGCCAUGGGGUAUCCAGGCUUGCUGUUACAAGUAACAUGUCAGGCCUUGCUUGUUGCUUAGGAAUUUAAAUUUUUAUCACUCAUAUACAUAACAGAAAAAUAAUAUAUUGUAUACAUCUUUCUAUACAUGCAGGGCUAUAAAAUGCAGAAUGCUCAGUGCAGGCAGUCUUGCAUUAGUUAUGCACAUCUUUAACUGGGCCCUAUUCAUUCAGGCUACUAUAAGUAACCUGGUAGCACUUUCAGUAUGACUGCUAUCCUUUGCCAGAGCAGUUCCGCUCGUCCUGUGUGGCGUGGGGUACUGCUCUUGGGGAUUAACUAUUUAUUUAUAAACCACUUCAGGACAGAGAGGGAUAUGGGAGCAGGUUGACCCUAUUGACCAGAAUUAGAUGUUCCUGGUGAGGGGUGUUUUCAGGGUUGAUACUGCUAUAGGACUGUCAAUAGAGACUCUCUCUCUUCUGGAGAGAGAGGAUUCCACCUGUAGUUUUUUUUUUUUUUUUAAUUUGCAUUAGUUUUUUUUUAAUGCAAAGGUUUACCUUUCAGUUUAUCUAAAGGCUCACAUAUGUACUCUAGUAUUGCUUUUUAAAUGCAUGGGUUAAGACCUCAGAGGGACUUAGAAAUGUUAGUUAAAUCUCUUGUUGAGUUGGAUUAAUUUUCUUUUCCAUAUAGGCAUAUCCUGAUGGCAGCAGCAAGGAAAAAAGAAGAGCAGCAAUAGCCCAGGCUUUGGCUGGUGAAGUGAGCGUGGUACCGCCAUCCCGUCUGAUGGCACUGCUUGGACAGGUAAUGGUAUUUGGUUACUACAGGGAAUUCUAUCCAAUCUGGUAAUACUGUUAUUAGUGAUUACUCUAUAGAGGACAAUGAAUAGCAAUAUGGCAAAUCAAAGACAGUUUAUUGUAGGAACAUCCAGCAUACUGUGAGACCUAUUGUACAUAUAUAUAUAUAUUUACACCAGUGGUAAUGUAGAACACAAAGGGAAGGACUGGUUACAAAGUGAUUCAUUACACCGCAAAUCCACCCUGACAACAAAAGGUUAUCUUGAUUGGCCAGGUACAUAUCUGGACCCACUGUUCCUUCAGAGCAAUCUCUGAUUACGUUAACACUGCCAUUUGUUGUAGUAGAUAACAUGGAAUUACAGGUGUCUACUUUCCAGCUCCAACAUCAGGUGGUCACUUACAGUACAGAAUUUAACUUAAUUAACCUACAAAAUAUAUUGCAAACAGUAUCUCAUAACAUCUAUUUUAGAAUCCUGACAACACCAAAGUGGUGCUGUGAAAUUACAGCUUGUUCAAAACAAAUCAGGGGAUUGGGACAUUCCUAUAACCUAUAUAUAUCUAUAAAUUAACAUGAUAAAUGCAAUUCAGAAAAAGCAAUGUUCAAAAUGACGAAACCAUUAAAGUGAUAGUGCUUUUUUAUAUAUAUAUAUAUAUAUAUAUAUAUAUAUAUAUAUAUAUAUAUAUACCACACUCACAAUGCAUAUUAUAUCUGUUGUAUGAAAAUUAUAAUAACAGUGACAUUACAAUCCAACUGAGGUGAUUUUAAGUAGCCUUAUCAAAGUGUAAAUAAAACUAUGUUCCUUAAUCUGUAUUGUGUAUGAAUUUUGGUCAUUGCGGCAGCACCAUUGCUCCAAAAUGCAUGUUCUGGGUGUACCCCCUAAUUCUCUUUUGUCUUUACUAUCCAAUGAAUCUUCACCAUUUCUACUACAAUAAGGUAUAGAGCUUAUAGUGCUGAAACGAACACUUUAGUGUUAUGGAUACAUCUUUGCACAACUAACCCUAGUUGUUUUAUUAUUUAAGGACUUUGUACCUUUCUGUAUAUCAAAGUAAAUGUUCUGUUCCAUUGUAACUAUAUUGAUUUAAUAUUUGGCCGUUAUCUCUUUGUUUAAAGGCUUUAAAGUGGCAGCAGCAUCAGGGACUUCUUCCACCUGGUAUGACCAUUGAUUUGUUUCGCGGUAAAGCAGCCGUGAAGGAUGUGGAAGAAGAGAAGUUCCCCACUCAGCUGAGCCGGCAUAUUAAGGUAAGGAAUCGUGAUGUUGAAUGAUAACUUUCAUGCUCUGUUCGUAUAUCUUUUAGCAUUAAAGAAACAUGAAAAGAAAUACUGCAUGUUUUUAAAUUAUUUAUAGCAAUGUUUGUUGUUCUACUUCGGUCUUUACUGCAUUAUAUGGUGUAUGUUGAAAUGCUCAUGAUUGUUUUUGUUUUCUUUAGUUUGGGCAGAAGUCGCACGUAGAAUGUGCUCGCUUUUCACCAGAUGGUCAGUAUUUGGUGACUGGGUCCGUUGAUGGAUUUAUUGAAGUAUGGAACUUCACCACAGGAAAAAUCCGAAAGGUGUGUACAAAACAAAAGUCACACACAUUUUCAUAACGAAAAAAACCAAAACAUUGUCCAAACACUCACGUACAAGGCCAUUUGGCCAUACAGAUAUUAAUUUGAUACAUUGUGAUUUGGCUAGGUUUGGUUUCAAAAUGUUUGUUCUGCCCCAGUUAUGUACUGUAUUUGUUAAAGUCCCCAUCAUUAAACCUGUUCAGCUUUUCAGUACCUAAUUAAAGGACAACACUCAUUCAAUUUUAGCGUCUCGUUUUUGUAUUUUUAAAUUUAUUUAUUUUUUAAAUUAAUUUUUUUUUAUUUUUGUUUUAUUAAAAUUUGAUCUGGCUGAGCAGUGGUGUUAUCUGACGAACGGCUGCUGUUUGCUCUGUGUGAACAUGUAGCAGGCAUGUUAGGUUGAGCAGUAAAAUCUGAUCCAACGUGAUUACUCAGCCAGAUAAAGUGACAUGUUUUAUUAAAUGUAAUAAACUUUAAAAUCAAAAAAUGAGAAGUGAAAAUUGGUGAAACUCGUCCUUUGAAUUGAGUGUUGUGGUGAUGAAAUGUAGCAAGUACAAUCCAGCUCUGACGGUGAUCUAAAACUGCAAUGCAGUAUUAUUGACAGUCACAUUUUGGUUUUGUCUAAUCUUUUAAUCUGAUGUUGGUACCCUAUACUCUAUAGAUGGACAUGAUCCGCGUUUGCACCAACUAUCACUGCUGGUAGUCACCAUAUGUCAUUUUUAAAGGGCACUCUAAGAUCAAUAACCUCUACAACCUGCUGUAGUAGUUGAGGUAGUCGCAUCCCCCGUGUGCCUCGGGUUCUGAUAUUUUCCAAGUUGUUUAAUACAAAUUAUAUGUACAAAUCAGCCCCACACUCUGCGUUUUACUAUUGUGGAAGUUACUGGCAAUAGAAGUUAGAGAAAAUUUUAAUUAAUGCUGCAAAUGUAACACUUUUUUUCCCGAUUUAAAACCACUUUUGUCAUGGUGCAAACACUUUAACUAUCAAAAUAACUCUUUAGAAUUAAUUUAUGGCUUCUAUUUUUUUUUUUACAGGAUCUCAAGUACCAGGCUCAAGAUAACUUCAUGAUGAUGGAUGAUGCUGUGCUAUGUAUGUGCUUCAGCAGAGAUACCGAAAUGUUAGCUACGGGUGCACAGGAUGGCAAAAUCAAGGUACUUACUGAUUUGGUUCAUGAUGGUUUUUAUCCGCUUGUCAUAGAGCAGUAAGACUGGCAGUAAUUGGAUUUAAAGUUUAUAUUUCAUCUGGCCUUGAUCAUAGCAUUGAUACAAUAUACUGCUUAGCAAACCAAGAUGUCUUAAACUUUUGUAACAUUCUGUAUGCUUUCCUUCAGGUGUGGAAGAUUCAGAGCGGCCAAUGUUUAAGGCGAUUUGAGCGUGCUCACAGUAAGGGUGUUACGUGUCUUAGCUUUUCUAAAGACAGCAGUCAGAUCCUAAGUGCUUCUUUUGAUCAAACUAUAAGGUAAGAUAUUGUGACGAAGUAGAAGUUAAAGGUCCACCUAAAUUGUAUACACCUUUUUGGUGAGAUGGCUUCAUAUUCAUAGUGUAAGAAACCUUAACUGCUUUAUGUCAUUUUGUCCUAAAAUAUUAUUAAAAUGUUUGCCACAAAUCUGGUCUUUCGUGUCUGAUUAUUAUACUCAAUUCAAAUUCUUUUCUUAGAAUCCAUGGUUUGAAGUCCGGAAAAACACUGAAGGAAUUUAGAGGUCAUUCUUCAUUUGUGAAUGAAGCCACAUUCUCACAGGAUGGCCACUACAUCCUUAGUGCGUCAUCGGAUGGUACAGUCAAGGUAAUUAAAUUAAUCCCAUCAGUGUGGAAGUGCAGUUAUUGUAGGCUAUUGAAAAUAUUUAGAGUUUUCAUUAAAAUUAUUUUUCUCAAAUUAAUUCUCAUUGAGAAAAUAUUGGAAAACCUGAUAGUACUAGGCGGCCAUUUUAAAACUUGCUCAGAAAGAAAGAAAACUUGUAUCUUGGGCAGUCUGAUUUGUAUAAAUGAAGAAUAACGGUCUGCAAAAUGAUGGUUUGCAUUAAGCCAGAUCUAUAGAAGUCACCAUUAAAGCCUAUGGAGGGUUUUGUUGAUAAAUCAUUUGUAAAGCUUAUUCAAAGAUAUUAAAUCACAAAGCCAUUUUGUCUUUGUAAUCUUUGUGUUAUGUUACAUGUUUUUAGUUACUCUUUCCCUCUUUGGCCCGAAUAAUUUAAACUAUUGUAUAAGCAAUAUUAUUGUGAUACGAAUACUAAAUCUUCAUUACAAUAUAUUUUUAUUAUCACCGUUUUUGUUUAACCUGUGGAAAGAACGUAUAACUAGAAACUGUCUUUGGUAUACUACUUUCCAUGUUUAUAUUUUAUUAAAGGACCACUCUAGGCACCCAGACCACUUCAGCUUAAUGAAGUGGUCUGGGUGCCAGGUCCUUCUAGGGUUAACCCAUUUUUUUAUAAACAUAGCAGUUUCAGAGAAACUGCUAUGUUUAUGAAUGGGUUAAGCCUUCCCCCUAAUCCUCUAGUGGCUGUCUCAGAGGAGGAGGAGAGGAAGCAGAGAGCUCCCCGCCCAGCGCUGGAAAAAGGUAAGUUUUUAACCCUUUCCCCCUUCCAGAGCCGGGCGGGAGGGGGACCCUGAGGGUGGGGGCACCCUCAGGGCACUAUAGUGCCAGGAAAACGAGUGUUUUCCUGGCACUAUAGUGGUCCUUUUAACCCAUGAAUUAUAUGGUAUACUAUUGAAACAUCUUACAUUUUGGCUAUAGCAGCAAUUUAUUUUUAAACUUGUUUAUGUAAUUUGCUGCUUAGCUCAUUUAAGUAUUUUGUUUAUAAAGCACUACUUUGUUUUGUAGCUUUGUAGCAAGAAAAUGAAGCAAAUAAACACGACAAAACAAACUAGGCCUAGAAAUGCGCACACACAAAAAAUAAUUUUGAUUCCAAUAAGGCUACUUGAAAUUAUCUGUUAUAGUAAACAAAUAUGGGGAUUAAAUUACACCAUAUGACAGUAUUGUGUAAAGCCCACCACUAAGUCACAGUACCGCAAUAUCGGUGGGUACUACUCUAAUUGUAACAUAAGUGAUAAACCUGCUAACUGCAAUACUUAAAGGGACACUAUAGUAACCCAGACCACUUCAAUGAAGUGGUCUGGGUGCCAGGUCCCUCAGGUUUUAACCCUUCAGAUGUAAACAUAGCCGUUUCAGAGAAACGGCUAUGUUUACAUUACAGGUUAAUCCAACCUCUAGUGGCUGUCUUCCUGAUAGCCACUAGAGGCGCAUCUGCGACGCUGGAUGCAAAAUUCGCAUCCAAUGUGCAGAACGUCCAUAGGAAAUCAGUGAGAAAUGCUUUUCUAUGGACAGUUUAAAUGCGCGCACUGCACUUGCCGCGCAUUCCGUUCCACUCAGGAGCUGACGUUGGUGGGGGAGGAGAGGUCACCAGUGCCGAGGGAGCUCGGCGCUGGAUUAAGGUAAGCUGCUGAAAGGGUUUUAUCCCCAGCGCCACGGGAGGGGGACCCUGAAGGUGGGGGCGCUUUGUUUUCCUGACACUUAGUUUAAGUCUUAAACUUUUUUGCUGACUCUCUUCAAAUCUGUGGUCACUUGCAAAGGGAUACCUGCAGUGAGGGACAGAUUGCUCAACCCAAACGAAAUCUUGUCUGGACUCCAAGUAUACACAGUGGAAAAAGUGGUGGUGUUGUAAAAACCCAAUUACAGACACACUACAGAUUCAUGUUGAAAAGCUUAUUAAAUCGAGGCCAUAAUUUUGUGAUGAAGUUCUUCCAUCUCAGAAGAAACUUCCUGGUGUUCCUGAUUAUUAUUCUGGUUAUAUCGUCCCAUUAUAUCCUUAAUGCUACAGCUACACUGUAGUUUUAAUGCAAAACAGAUAUCCUGUUUCAACUCUACUACACCUAAGUACAGGAGUAUAAUAAUCCUUAAAGCCAUAACAGCCUAUGCGAUUUUCCUCUUUGAACCAUAUUCAUCAUAUUAGUCAGUUUCCAGCAUGUUUUUCUUACUCAGAUUUGCUUCUUCUGAUUGUUCUUGCUUUUUCCUAAAGGUGUGGAACGUGAAGACCACAGAAUGUUCGAACACUUUUAAAUCCCUUGGAAGUACAGCUGGAACAGACAUCACAGUCAACAGUGUCAUUCUCCUGCCUAAAAACCCUGAACAUUUUGUUGUGUGUAACCGAUCGAACACCGUUGUUAUAAUGAAUAUGCAGGGGCAAGUAAGUAUCCCACAAAGGUCAUAUAGCUGUUUGUUCCUAUAUUGUUUGAAUAGGUGUUUAACCCUUUAAGGACACAUGACAUGUGUGACAUGUCAUGAUUCCCUUUUAUUCCAGAAGUUUGGUCCUUAAGGGGUUAAAGGGGGCUCUUUAAGUACCAUAACCACUGCAUCAUGCUACUGGGGUGCACAGACACUAUUGAAAUUUGUACUUCCAGUUCUGUAAUAUUCCUAAAAUGGAAAUUCUCAUUCCAACUUGGCAAUAUCUGUUUCGUCCAACUUUGGAUUGACUUGAUUGACUGAGGACUGUUAAUUGACACUUUUCUGAAUAAUAUCUGGUCAGCCAGGCGAGUGUAAAACCACUCAAAAACAAUCCUACUCCUGGCAACAGCACACUCUAGUGGUUAAGAUGUUUAUCACGCUUCUUUAGUCUUGAUUGUAGCAUUAGCUGAUUCAGGACUGUUUAUAAUAUUUUGCUUGCUGUCUCUUUUCUCCUUGUAGAUUGUUAGAAGCUUUAGCUCUGGUAAGAGAGAAGGUGGUGACUUUGUUUGCUGCACUCUGUCACCCAGAGGAGAGUGGAUCUAUUGUGUUGGAGAGGACUUUGUGUUGUAUUGUUUCAGCACAGUGACUGGCAAGCUGGAGAGAACUCUCACUGUGAGUAUGCCAAGUAUUAUUCUGUUUUAUAAAUAUUGUGAAACUAAACAUCAAAUGUCCUGUUGUCCAUCGCUUGUAGUUGUGUACUCUCCCUUCCAGCAACACCUUUUUACAUCAUUUUAAAGGUAUUCUUCAGUGGAGGAUCCUGUAGUGCCCCCACCUCCCUCCCACCCUGUUAAAACCCCUUCAGACACUUGCCUGAAUCCAGCGCCGAUAUCCCUCAGCGCUGGGUCAGGCUCCGCCCAUGCUCCUCAUCCCCCGGCGGGGGAGACCUAAUGCACAUGCGUGGCAAUGGCCGCGCGUGCAUUACACCUCCGCAUAGGAAAGCCUUAUUCAAUGCUUUCAAAUGGGGAUUCCGGCGACGCUGGAGGUCCUCAUGCAUAGCGUGAGGACGUCCAGCGUCAUUUAGACGACCAAAAGUCUUCUAAAAAGCCGGAAGUCCCUCUAGUGGCUGUCUGGUAGACAGCCACCAGAGGAGGACUUUACUGCAAGGUAAAUAUUACAUUUGCAGGGUUAAGGGCGGUGGGAGUUGGCGCCCAGACCACUUCAAUGAGCUGAAGUGGUCUGGGUGCCUACAGUGUCCCUUUAACUAGCUUUUGCGAAACUUUCAGAAAUUAGCUAUUAUAGUGGUGGCACUGGGUCCAACCAUUUUACAUUAGUCUUGAAGCAGCCUUGUUCACACUAUAACUAACCGCACACUGCAUCACUUUGUUCAAAGCAAAUCUGACUGUUUUCAUUAAUUGUUGUUUUACAGGUUCACGAAAAAGAUGUCAUUGGGAUUGCUCAUCACCCUCAUCAGAAUUUAAUUGGCACCUACAGUGAAGAUGGACUUCUUAAAUUAUGGAAGCCAUAAUAACAAGAACACCCCAUUUUUUAGAUGUUUUUGUUUUGCCCUGUAAUGGGACCAGGGCAUUGUACAUUAUAUUUAGUUUUGGUAACAAUAGUAAAUGGAAAUACAAAACUUAUUGUGACUAUUUGAUCUGCAUUUUUACACAUAUAUCAUUUCAUUUAGUGUACUUUUUCAGCUUUAGGAAGGUCUUUGCUGUUUGUUAAUUUUUAUUUGGGGAGGGUGCAGGGGGGUUAUUUUUCCUUAAAGUUGUACAAAUGAACCUUUUUACUGUCUAUAAAGGGAGCCAGCCUGUAUGUCCGAAUCAAACAGUCACUUUAAAUUAUAUCAUGCCAAAAGAAUGGCAUUAAUGUGACCAUGCAGUUACUUGUGCAGUAUUAUUGAUUUUUGGUUCUUUCUAGACAAAGAUCAGUCAAUAUAAAUCAAAUCCUGCACAUUCUCAAACCACAACUGCAAUGUAAAAAUAGUAUUUUGGCUUAGUUUUCUUUUAAAUUCAAUUUUAUUCGUCCAUUGUAAGUAACAUGUUUUUCAAAUGGUUAUUUCUCGUGCUUCGUUAUUCACUGGCCGUUUCCAAGGGCUAUUAAUUUGCUAGGUUUUCAGAAUACAGAUGUAGAAAUACUUGAUAUUGCGUACCUCGCUCAAAAAAUGCUUACAUACAGACACCAUAAAGUGAGCUUAUAGGAGAAAUAAAAAUCUACCACAUUACUGGCACUUGGGUUAGACAAUUCUGCUAUUUUUGGUAUGCCUUUAUCAGAUUUAUGUUCUUUUGAAAGCAAAAAAAUUACCUUUAAAGUGUUGUCAUAAUUCUGAACUUUAUUAAACACGGUAUACUAAAUAUUAACUUGCCUUGUGGUGUUGGUUAGCCAACAGAAAGCUUUCAAACUGCAUUAAAUCUU